CACCUAGCUGAAUUCUUGAAGUGUAAGCGGGAAACGGCUUAUUAUGUCUUUGAGAAAAGUUGAAGCGCAAAUGCUGUGACUACGGCUCUACGCACCCGGGAGUUCCCCGGCCAGCGCAUGGAAGAAAUCGCUCUCGAUCGUCUUUCCCACCACAGGCAUAUGUUCAGCAUUACUAUCUGGCGCUGCGCGUUGCACGCUUGCUGUGAAUUAAUUUAAGAUGGGCAACACUGUAUGGUGGUGUGACCAAAGCUCGCGUACAAUCAGUAAAAGCACUUAAACAGGAGAACAAUUAUACGCAAUGCCUGUGUGGUGCAUGGUGGGACUGAGACACCGGAAUCUUUGACUCUUUUUGAAAUUUGACUUGUUAGACUUUGUUUUGAGCACCAUCGACAACUCCAAAGGUCAAAAUGCGACAUAAAAAUCCACUGCAUCAGAGUUCGGUCAUUGUGAUCCAUCCUGGUUCUUACUGGCUGCGUAUUGGACGUGCCUCGGACCCUUACCCAGUAGCAGUUCCACAGGUGAUCGCCAGACGGCAUCGUGGUCCGCAGCAGGACAGGUUUGAGGAAAAGCUUCUUCACAGGAAUGGGGUCGAUCAUUCUGGCAGCUCCACCCAGAGAGAGCAGGCUUUGAAGAUGGUGGAACAGGCCAUUUGGUCACGUAAGACAUCGCAAGGACACAGGAGAGAAAAUGUACACACGUCAGAGAUCCAUAGCUACAAUGAUUCUGUCAGUCAUCAAUCAGUUGAUGAGUUCACUGAUAUGUCAUGGACGAACACUUCAGACAACACAGAUCACUUUGUUGGGGAUCAGGCGCUUUACCUUGAAAACUCAGCUGAUUUCAGUAUCCACUGGCCAAUGAAGCGGGGUCAGUUGAACCUUCACUCCAGAGUGGGCGGAACUAUAUCUGCAGUCAUCCAGGACCUGUGUACGAUAUGGGGUCAUGUAUUAGACAAAAGUUUGGGGAUUCCAGCUGGAGAAUUAAAGAAGUACAGAGCAAUCCUUUUAAUCCCUGACAUUUACCAUAGACCACACAUCAAGGAACUUGUCAGACUACUCCUAACUCAUUUAGACUUUGAAGCAGCCAUCGUCCAUCAGGAAUCUGUUUGUGCCACAUAUGGUAGUGGGCUAUGCAGUGCCUGUGUUGUAGAUGUCGGUGACCAGAAGACGUCUGUAUGCUGUGUGGAGGAUGGUCUGUCACAUCGUAAUACAAGGGUUUGUAUGACAUAUGGGGGGAAAGACAUCACCAGGACCUUUACAUGGCUGUUAGAGAGAGCCCGCUUUCCCUACAGAGAGUGCAAGCCAGAGAAAACGAUGGAUGCACUGCUGUUGGUUGAAUUGAAAGAAACAUUUUGCCAUCUUGAUCAGGAUUUUGAUGGCAUACAGAUUCUAGAUUUCCAAGUUUGCUACCCAAACCAGCCCACACUGACCUACCAAAUGAAACUCGGUGACGAGACCCUUCAGGCUCCGAUGGCCAUCUUCUAUCCGCAGCUUUUUGGGGUGGUGAAUGAGAAGAUGACUUUCACCCAGCAGCGAAACCAGGGUGAUCCUGAGGACAUCCACGAUGAGCUCUAUCUGCUGCAAACACAGAACCAGCAGCAACAGGCAACAAAGCUAAAGACCGACAAUGGUGUUUUCAUGCGCGAUGACCCAGCCUGUAUACAGACCAACUCGGAGGGCCUGACAUUAGGAACUGUCACUCAAAGAACCAGCUCUCCAUUGAUUGGCCAGUGUCAAGGUGAUAUGUUGGUGCACGCCGAGGAGGCCCCGCCCCCCAUCAUAUCACGCCGGAUCUCCACCUCUCAGACUCUAGACAAGCCGCUGGGGUUGGAUCAAGCUAUCCUAUACAGCAUUGAUUGCUGCGCUUCCGAUGAAACGAAGAAGAAGAUGUACAGCUGUAUACUGGUGGUAGGAGGAGGCGUGGCCCUAUUCCAAGGCGCGGCCGAGAUGCUGCAGCAGAGAAUACAAACCAAGAUGCCCCCUUCUUUCAGAAGAGCUGUGGAUAGAGUCGAGGUCGUAUGCAAGUCAAAGGAACAAGACCCGAGGGUGACGUGUUGGAAAGGAGGGGCCGUCCUGGGUUAUCUAGACACAACUCAGGAACUAUGGAUCAGCAGGACAGAGUGGGAACGCGAAGGACUCAAGCUUUUGAGAGAACGAUCGCCAUUUGUCUGGUGAUGGAUAGAUAAAAGGACAAAUCUUUCCAUCGAUGGUGUUGCCAAAUGUAAGGGAGAGAGAGACAGGCAAUGUCCAGGAUAAUCGUCUAUUGGCUAGGACGUUUUCUGCUGAUACAGACUAUCGCCAUUGCAACGUGAAUGGAAAGAAGGGAAAGAGGCUGACUGGAUCAUUCCACGGAUGGACUCAGUAUUUCAUUGAGGAAACCGGCAGAUCUCCAUGGGACAGCCUGAGAGAACAUUCAAUGGAGCCAUUGAAAAUAUGUGUUGAAUGAAUAUCAAAGGGCGAGCCAACCCUUGAAAUAAGUUCAGUUGUAUGAAAGCAGGGAAAUAAAAUAAUUCCAAAUCUCAAAUCUCAAAUUUGGUACGUGGAUUGUGACGUAGACACAGAUAACUCUGCCCUUUGUAGUGUACAAAAUAUUAUUAGUGUCUGUUUUUCUCCUGAGUACCUCCCCCUUCGGGCACUUUUCAAAAUAUAUUAUGGAUAGCAUAAUGAUAAUGGUUCCUCCAAAGAGAAAAAAUCCCCCCCCCCCCCUCCCGAGACAUACAUUUUUGAAAGAAAAACAAUAUGAGUCAUUUUGUAUGUUGGAACAAAUGGGAAAGUUGUACACCACUGCAUCACAGAGAUAUUACUGAUUCAGCCAAUUUGAAGAGCCCAUACCUAUAAUGAUGACAACUUUUAAAAAAUGUGUUACUUUCUUCUUUUUUGUCCGAUUUCAUUCAAUUUUUCACCAGUCUGCUUCUCUGAUUUUUCUGCUUUGUUUUAGAGCAGUUUUCAAGGUUGGAUUUCCCUUUCAUUUACCUCCAGCAGGUUGACAGUGUCUGAGAUUUCUCAUGUGGGGAAUGUUAUGAUGCUUUAUACAGAAAUUGAAUAUUAUACUAUAAUUUAUUAUUAUUGCAUUGAUUUUCUUUCCCCUAUUCUGUAGUGUUUACUCUGAAUUAUCAAGUUGUAACACCUGCCUGUUCCGCGAUUUCAAAAUGACAUCAUGCUCACAGAAAAAAAGAUAGUUUGUAAUUUUAUCCUGUUAUUUAUCAUGGAAAAAGAGACAAUUUAUAUUGAAAAACCAUAGGAUGGGUUUUUAACCAAACUUUAUAGGGUAUCAGAGGUUAGAGGUCAAAGGUCACAUCUUCAUAAAGUUUUCAACCACUCUCUGCUCAAGUAUGUUUUAGCAUGAUGAAGAUGAACAGAAAAGAGUUUAGUUUCAUGAGGUCAUAUGUCAAAUGUCACAUGAUCUUAGGUUAAUUGAAAGUUGACGGGGGCGUAUUGACGACGCAGUCACACUCAUCUAGAUUCCACUCAUUAAACAUUCGACUUAUUUUGUUAA